CUCCUCCAUGCUCUUCUCGGUGUCGGGACUCCUUUUGACUGAACCAACAAGACGCCUCCCUACUCUUCUCGGCCUGUUCUCGAUGGGUGCUAAGUAUAAAGCCUACUUGGCAUAGCUAGUUUCCAGUUGGUUCUUUGUCUCUGUUUUCUCUGUUCCUUUGUGUGUGAGUGUCGUGUGCAUCAUGUAGCCGUUGUGUUGUAUCUUAUCCAUACUUUUUAUUAAAAAAAAGAAAAAUGGUUCAGUCUGGCUUUUGCCCUCCGUAGUUGCCCUAAUUUUUGUAGGCAAGUUUGAUUUAGGACAAAAUAGAAAGUUCAGUUAAGUUUGAAUGGAGAACAUUUUUUAAUAUAUUUUUGUAGAAGCUUACUUUAUCUAAUCUUAACUUGGAAAUGCAACUGUAAUCUAAUCUAUAAGUCUACCCUAGUAUAUUGGAGCCUGCCAGCCUAGCACUUACGUAGUUCUGAACUUCUGAUUGCAUAUCCAUUUACAUCUAUAUAAGAACCAGGAAGCAUCAUUAUCCCUUAAUUUCCUAAGAAGCAGAUCCAGCUGGCAGCUUCCGAUCGAUUUGGCAUCCACUUCACCUCCGUGCAUUUUACCGCCGUUUGUUUCCUGCUUCGCCGCUGGCCUGCCGCCGCCUGCUCAUCUCUCGGUGACAAGGUCGGCUCCUUUCAGGCCUGCAAGCUGCAACACUACUCCUGCCCGGCCGGUAUGUCACUAUGUACAGCAUUACUUGUGAACUGGUAGGAGUACAUAUGAAGCAUGUUUUCAGUUUUAGGUGAGUCAGUUUUACAUGUGCUUGAAAUUCAUAUGUUUACGGGAGACUUUUUAGUUUGGGUCUGAAACUAAACCGCGAAAACUCGUCCAUUCCAGUCGGCGCAAACAAAGGUGGAGCAAUUAACAUGGCUGGUGGAGGGCCGCUGGAGCUAUGGAACCACCGUUCGAUGCAGAUCCUGGUCCUCCUCAGCCUCGGGCUCCAGGUCGUCCUCUUCGUCUUCGCCGGGAUCCGCCGGCGUGAAGCCUUCCCCGUGCGGAGGCUCCUCCUGUGGCUAGCAUACCUCAUGGCCGACUCCACGGCCGUGUACGCCGUCGGCCACCUGUCGUUCAGCAGCACCGUGCGAGAGCAUCAGCUCGUCGCGUUCUGGGCGCCCUUCCUGCUGCUGCACCUCGGCGGCCCGGACAACAUCACCGCCUAUGCCCUCCAGGACAACCAGCUCUGGCUUCGCCACCUCCAAAUCCUCGUCGUGCAGGUCCUCGGGGCAGCCUACGUCAUCCACAAGAACAUCGACGGAGGUAGCAGCGGGCGGCUGCUCCGGCUUGCCUCCGGCUUGAUGUUCGCCGUUGGAUUUGUCAAGUACGGGGAGAGGACUUGGGCGCUCAAGUGUGGCACCCUGGAAAGCAUCGGCGCCUCGGUCAAGACGCAGCCGCCCGCCAUCCAUAAACAUUCCCACCGUCAGGACGAAGCGUCGGACGAGGAAUUCCUCGUGCGACGAGCCCACUCGCUGUUCCACGUCUGCAAGCGUGCCAUUGUUGAUUCUUCCGUGAUCGAGAAGGACUCCGUGGAGGGGCAGGAACAGUACACCACCAAGAUGAUGCGCAAAGUGGAGCUAUGGGCGCUGAUGGAGAUCGAGCUCUCCCUCAUGUACGACGUACUCUACACCAAGGCGGCCGUGGUCCACACCGCUGCCGGAUAUCUGGUCCGUGUCGUCUCGCCGCUCACCAUUGCCGCCUCGCUGGUGCUGUUCCAGCUCACCCCCAAGGACAGCCACAUCGGAGCCGACGUGGCCAUCACCUACGUCCUGCUGGGUGGUGCCUUGUUCAUGGAGACGACGUCGCUCGUGAACGCGCUAGGAUCGUCUUGGACGUUUGCGUUCCUGAGCACCACCAGGUGGCGAUGGCUCCGGUACGUAGCCCUGUGCAACGGGAGAUGGGACAGUCUCCGGCGUAGGGUUGUGUCUCUUCACCAUCUUGUCAAGGGAGGAUUUCCUGGUGGUAGCAGCACCAACAGGUACAAAUCGAGGAGGUGGUCAUACAUCAUCGGGCAGUACAACAUGCUGCACUUGUGCACGCGCCCCGCCGACACACUGCUCACCAGCCCGCUGCUCGGUAGGCUGGCCGGCCUCAGAUCCACAAAGUCUGAUGGCCUCUUUGGUCGGGCUGCACGCUCGCGCGGGAGGGCGCCGGCGGCCAGUGGGUGGCCAGGGUGCUGGGAGGCGGGGGCGGCGGCGACCCUGGCCGGCGCGGCCAGGCGCCGGCGACGCGGACAGGCGGCUAAGGUGAUGGGGUGCGGGACGGCGACCAUCGGGGCUCGGCAGCGGGCGCGUGGGGCCUGGCGGCUACAGCGGCAGUAUAGCAGUGGCAGAGCAACACGAAGCAGCGGCGGCGGAGCAACACAAAGCAGCAGCGGGCAAGAGCGGCUGCGGGCGCGAGGAGCGGCGGUCGGAGGCGGCAGCGGCCGUAGCAAGCAGCAGCAGUGCAGGGUUGGGCAAGAGCGGGCGCACACAUGCGGGUGGGCGCGGCUGUUCUGGGGGCGCGACGGAUGGGGGGUGAGCGCGAGCUCGAGCAAUGGCUGCUACGGCGGUGGAUCAACGGGAAAAGGAGGGGAAUCGGCCCGGGGCUCACAGAGGUGGUCGGUGGCGAGGUCGGGGAGGCCGGGGGAGGUUGGGACGCGAUGA